CUUGCAAAACAAAAACUUACGCCCUUGUAUCUGUAGCUCAUGGAACGAAUAAAACACGAUCAGAUAGUUGACAAAACAUGCAAAGAAAGAUUUAGAGAGAGAACGAGAAAGAUGGAAAUAGUUUCUAGUGCUGAUGGCAGAGGGAGGGAGGAGGAAGAGGAGGCACCUAUCAGACGCAGCUUCUCUGUGGAGGAUCUUCUGGAUGAGGUGGAGAAGAUCAGCAAUGUUGCCUCAGGAAGUUCAAAGGUCGAGAUGGUGGUGAGGCUCUGGAAGGACGGCUUCACUGUCAACGACCAGGAGUUUCGUAGCUACUCCAUACAACAGAACCAGGACUUCCUGGAAGCCAUCAAACGAGGGGAGCUGCCUGUGGAGCUGGAGAGCAGGGCGGAGGAAGAGGAGCUGGAGAUCAACGUAGAAGACCUGACGGAGGAGACGUACGUCCCCAAAAAGAAGACCUUCCACCCCUUCAGUGGGCGGGGCUACAGACUCGGCAGUGUUGCUCCCAGGGUAGUAGCAAGGUCUCCAUCCAUCCAUGAGGAUGGAGAGUCACCACCGGUUCCCAUGGUGACACUCGACCAUGCCCUCCCUGUCACCUCGCUGCAGAUCUGGUUGGCUGACGGCAGGAGGCUGGUUCAGCGGUUCAACCUAUCACAUCGGAUCAGUGACGUCCAGGACUUUGUGUCUCGCUGCCAAAGGAAUGGCCCCCCUUUCAUACUGACGACAUCACUUCCCUUCCGAGAGCUCCUGGAAGAGGAGCUGAGUCUGGAGGAGGCCGACCUGGCUCAUGCCGUCAUCGUCCAGAGGCCCCUGAACACACAGCCCCCCUUCGGACACUCCUGACCAAUCACGAUGCUCACUGAGACCUGCAAUGUACACAGCUUGUCUGAGCCACUGCAAAGCACCCCGAGUCACAGCCGGCCUGGGGAACACACACACAAACACACAGGGCCCUGAUAUUAAACCCCUCUGCAUUCAUAGCAACGUUUGGGGGAAACCUUAAUUUCUCUCCUCUGGUCGGUCUAGAGUGGCAAUCAACAUAAACACACAGUGCACUGUGCCUACAGACUCACACACAUAAAUUGCCAAGACAGAGUUUGCAACACUUAGGAAAAAUCUAACCGUGGAUGUCCAGGGAGACGUUCCAGUCUGUCAUCUCAUAUGUGGGCAUAUGUGAAGCCCUCUGUGACAUGCUUGCGUGUAAAAAGGGCUAUACAAAUAAAUUUGAUUUGAUUUGAUCUCCCACAAACACGCCUCCUCGCUGAUGGCAAGUCUUCCAAUACUGUGACUGUCACUAGAAUGAGAACACACAUCUGGUUAUGGGGCAUUUGAAUUUGUUAAAAUAAUAAGUCGAAAGUGUGAAUAGAGAAGGGGUGAUAUUACAGUAUUCUCUUACAGUAUUUUGCUAUAGUAAAUUUGUUUCAGAAAACUGAAUGAUUUGCCUAACCAUUUUCAUAAACCCACAAAUUAUUUUGUGUUGUCUGCAUUUGAGAUGAGAACUUUCUUGUUUGUAUAAGGAUGUGGCUCUAUGUUAUAGAACUCAGUUUAAAUGUACAAAUUUUAUUUCAAAGAAGAAACAUCAUACUUCACAUUAAAUAACUUGGAACUGUUUAA